GUCACCGUGUCCAUACCGGCGGUACCGAUGGAUGAGCAGCUCAGCCCCGCACGGUUUUACACUGACACUAACUCCCAGCUGGCACGUCCGAACGUGCCGUGAGAUCCGCGUGCUCCCAGCCCGUCUAUGGCAGCGGACACGGCUCACACAGCGCCCUGCUCUAACAGAGGCUCCUCUCGCACUCAUCACUGCGCUCCUCUCAGGGCGCUGGGCUCCAGGCUGGGGUUGUCCCGCUCCAAGUCUGUCCCAGCUCUGACAGCCCCGGGCCCGUCCUCUCCUCGUAGCUGUACACACAAAUCCCUCCUCGAGGCUGUUCGCUCUGUCCCCGGAGCUGUUCCUGCUCACAGCACCGCACUCCGUUGCCUUUGUGUAACGUUCCCCGCUGUCACUUUCUCCCCCGCUCUCCCGGACACUCGCUGUCGCGGAUGACGCGCAGUCCGCGCUCGUUCCAGUGGGAGGCAUCGGGCCGCAGCCCCCGCAGCGCCUCGCGACGGACGGGCUGCGCUGAAAGCAGAGCGGGACGGCAGACGCGGCGCCCAGGCAGCGCUGCCCCGGCUCAUCCGGCUGAUCCGGCCGCUGUCCCGCGGUGCGGCAGGCAGCGCUCACUCACUCACAGCGCGGUGGCACAGACCGCUCGGUGCGGGCGGAACGCGGCCCCGCAGCGCGGAGCGGAGCGGCGGGGAGAGGCCGGUCCCUUCCGCCGGGCCGCGCUUCCGGGGCGAUCAGGUGACGGCGGCCGCGAGCAGGGAGCGGCUCCGCGGAUCCCGAGAGCGACGGAUUGCAACAGGAAAAUUUUCUUGCUGUUGUGUCUGGGCAGCUCCUCAGGAUGGCAAGUAAAGGACCUACAACUUCCACAUCAACAAAGAGCUCCAGUACUGGAGGGACCAGUGGCAGCAGCAGCAGUAAUGGAGCUGGGGACAACACUAAUCAGGACAACACUUUUGAAUGUAACAUCUGUUUAGACACUGCCAAGGAUGCAGUUAUCAGCUUGUGCGGACAUCUCUUCUGCUGGCCUUGUUUACACCAGUGGUUAGAAACCAGGCCAAACAGACAAGUGUGCCCUGUCUGCAAAGCAGGAAUCAGUCGAGAUAAAGUUAUUCCGCUGUAUGGAAGAGGCAGCACUGGACAACAGGACCCCAGAGAGAAAACACCACCACGACCCCAAGGACAGAGACCUGAACCAGAGAACAGAGGGGGAUUCCAAGGCUUCGGGUUUGGAGAUGGUGGCUUCCAAAUGUCAUUUGGAAUUGGGGCGUUUCCCUUUGGUAUAUUUGCCACAGCAUUUAACAUAAAUGACGGGCGACCUCCUCCAGCUGUUCCAGGGACUCCUCAAUAUGUGGAUGAGCAGUUCCUAUCCCGCCUCUUCCUGUUUGUGGCUCUGGUGAUUAUGUUCUGGCUGUUGAUUGCAUAAGUCGUUUCCAUUAUUCCAUAUACUCCUAGCCAGAAAGGCUACUGAAACAGUUACGAACUGCUUCCCAUCCCAUUUUAAACCUCUUGGUGUCUGGUUCCAUAGCUAACCAUGGGUUUCAGAAAUUGGUGGUACCACAGAAUGGUGAAGAAUCUCACAUUUUGCACCACAGUUGGAAAUUAAACAUUGGUUAAAACGUA